AUGAGUGAAGAGAAGCCACAAAAGAGAGAUGAGGGAGUUGUGGUGAGAGGUGAAGAUGAUUUUGAAAAUGAAGUAGUUGAAGUUGAGAGGAAAGAGCAACAAAAGAGUGAUGAGGGAGCCACAAAAAACGAUGAGGGAGAUGAAGAAAGAAUAGAAAAGCCCCCUAUGAGAGAUCUUCUAUCCAACAAGAGUAGGCUUGAAGAGAGAGCAACCAUCUCCCUUCCUAAGGAGGUGAGUGCAAUCAUUCAAAACAAGCUUCCCCAAAAGCUUGGUGACCCCGGUAGCUAUGCAAUACCGGUGAAGAUUGGAGAUUUGGAAGCUAUGGAUGCUUUAUGUGAUCUUGGGGCAAGUGUGAGCUUGAUGCCCUAUUAUAUUGCAAAGAGUUUGAAAGUUGGAGACUUGAAACCAACAAGAAUGUCCUUACAACUAGUCGAUCACACGGUUAGGCUACCCUUGGGGAUUCUUGAAGAUGUGCCGGUUCAAGUUGGAAGAGUAUUUGUGCCAUGUGAUUUUGUGGUAAUGGAAAUGGAAGAAGAUGCAAGAGUACCCCUCAUUUUGGGGAGACCAUUUUUGAACACCGCGGGAGUGGUGAUUGAUAUGAAGGAAGGAAGAUUGACUUUGAAUGUGGGAGAUGAGAAAAUUUCAUUUUCAUUCUCACAAACUUUGAAGAAGCCAUUGAUUGAUGAGGUUCAUAGAAUUGACACAUUGGAGAGGGACUUAGAAGAGUUCCGAGAAAGAUUGUAUGAAAGAGAUCCUUUACAAGCUACCCUAACGGGAAGCUUAGUUGAGGAGGGUGAAGAAGCAAAGGGGUAUGAUCUCUUACUCAACCAACCUUUGGCCCACGAGGUGAUGAAAUUUGAAGUACUUAACAUGGAGGCAAAAGAGGAGAGGACUACGCCUCCUCCUAAGGUUGAACUUAAACCCCUUCCCCCUCUACUUAAAUAUGCUUUUCUUGAUGAUAGUGAGAGUUAUCCCGUUAUUGUCAAUGCUAAGCUCGAUGACACCUCUCUUGAGAAACUCCUUGUUGUUUUAAGGGAGUAUAGAGAUGUCAUUGGGUACAAAAUUGAUGACAUUAAGGGGAUAAGUCCCACCAUAUGCAUGCAUAAAAUUCUACUUGAUGAUGAUCAUGCUUCCUCGAUUGAGCACCAAAGAAGGCUCAAUCCCAACAUGAAGGAAGUGGUGAAAAAGGAAGUUUUAAAACUUCUUGAGGCGGGCAUAAUCUACCCUAUCUCCGAUACAUUUGAUAGGUUGAAGGAGGCCUUGAUUUCGGCUCCUAUCAUUCAACCCCCUAAUUGGGAGCUUCCUUUCGAACUUAUGUGUGAUGCUUCGGAUUUUGCUGUUGGGUCCGUUCUUGGACAAAGGAAGGACAAGAAUCUCCAUGCUAUCUAUUACACUAGCAAAACAUUGGAUGAGGCACAAAGAAAUUACACAACCACGGAAAAGGAGUUUCUAGCCAUUGUUCAUGCAAUUGAGAAGUUUAGGUCCUACUUGUUGGGCUCUAAGGUCAUAGUCUUUACCGACCAUGCGGCCUUGAAGUACCUCUUGUCCAAUAAGGAACCUAAGCCAAGAUUGAUUCGGUGGGUCUUUCUCUUGCAAGAUUAUGAUAUCGAGAUUAGAGACAAAAAGGGUGCCGAAAAUGUGGUGGCCGAUCAUCUUUCACGGUUUCCUAUCUUCGUAGGUGAUCUUGAUAAUUUGCCAAUUGAUGAUUAA